AUGGCGGCUCUCUCCAGUUUGGGAACCUUCUCGAAGCCCCAAAUUCCUCCUCUCCCAUCUCCCUCUGAUUUCAGAUCCUUCAAUUCAAUUAAUACUCUAUCUUUUUCAUCCCGCACAAAUAUCGGCAACAAUUCGCGCCAUUUUACAGCAGUAUCUGCAGCUCCUCCCAUGGCGAGUGAAGAAGCUUCAGUCAAAGCGGUUAGCUCCGUCCCCGACUCUUCUAUCAAGCUCCUGUUUGUUGAAAUGGGCGUCGGCUAUGAUCAACACGGGCAGGAUAUUACUUCAGCAGCCAUGCGGGCUUGCAGGGAUGCAAUUUCCUCCAACUCAAUUCCAGCUUUUCGGAGAGGUUCUAUACCCGGUGUUUCAUUUGGUGAGAUGAAACUGCAGAUUAAACUAGGGGUUCCUCGCCCUCUCCAGCAUUUGUUGGACGUUGAGAAGGUCAAGUCAGUUUUCCCUUAUGGAGCUAUAUCCAACGUUGAGGUUGUGGAUGGCGGGCUGAUAUGCUCGAGUGGUGUGCAUGUUGAGGAAAUGGGAGAUAAAAACGAUGAUUGCUACAUUGUAAAUGCAGCAGUCUAUGUUGGCUACUGA